AUGGUGGACUGUCCAGAGCAAGGUAGACAUGAGGCAGAGUUACCAGCAGAACAGAGGAUCAGUGUGUCUGAUGCGACAGCUCAGUGCUGCUCUGUUGGACCAGUGCUGCUACUUACUGAGCUGCUAGUGAUGGUGGACUGUCCAGAGCAAGGUAGACAUGAGGCAGAGUUACCAGCAGAACAGAGGAUCUGUGUGUCUGAUGCGACAGCUCAAUGCUGCUCUGUUGGACCAGUGCUGCUACUUACUGAUUGUGAAGUACUUGAGCUGCUAGUGAUGGUGGACUGUCCAGAGCAAGGUAGACAUGAGGCAGAGUUACCAGCAGAACAGAGGAUCUGUGUGUCUGAUGCGACAGCUCAGUGCUGCUCUGAGCUGCUAGUGAUGGUGGACUGUCCAGAGCAAGGUAGACACGAGGCAGAAUUACCAGCAGAACAGAGGAUCUGUGUGUCUGAUGCGACAGCUCAGUGCUGCUCUGAGCUGCUAGUGAUGGUGGACUGUCCAGAGCAAGGUAGACAUGAGGCAGAGUUACCAGCAGAACAGAGGAUCUGUGUGUCUGAUGCGACAGCUCAGUGCUGCUCUGUUGGACCAGUGCUGCUACUUACUGAGCUGCUAGUGAUGGUGGACUGUCCAGAGCAAGGUAGACAUGAGGCAGAGUUACCAGCAGAACAGAGGAUCUGUGUGUCUGAUGCGACAGCUCAGUGCUGCUCUGUUGGACCAGUGCUGCUCAGCAAGAUCAGCUUCUGUGUGAGGGAGGGUCAGAUACUAGCAGUGGUGGGACCUUGGAGAGCUGGCAAGACCCCAUUGCUGUAUCUACUGCAAGGCGAGGUGGACACGUGUUCAGGCAGUGUGGCCAUCAAAGGUCGCACAGUCUAUUGCCCUCACACACCCUGGCUGCUGCCGGCCGCCUCCGUCAGGGACAAUAUCGUUUGCGGCAAACACAUCAACGAACAGAGACUGAAGCUGGUAUUGGAGGUUUGUGGUCUCAUCAGAGAUGUCCAAGAUUUGCCCAAGAAAGAGAUGACAAUCAUCGGAACUGAGGAUGGAGUGGCUCUCACACUUCAGCAGAUUUCCAAGAUCAACUUGGCCAGGACGCUCUACCACGACUGUGACAUCUACCUGCUGGAUGAUCCGUUCAGGUGGCUCGGCAGACAAGUGUCCGACAGGAUCUUCACUCGAUGCGUCCUGAGGUUGCUGAAGGACAAAACUGUGGUUUUGGUCACUGACAAACAUCGACACCUCGUGAAGGCCGACCAAAUCAUAGCUCUGCGGAACGGCAAAAUGGAAGGGUAUGGCACAUUUGAUCAGCUUGUACCCACCAUAGCCAGCCUGGAACAAUCAACGGAUCUGACCUCUGAUGACCUUGACACUGAUAGCGAGGACUCAGACAUGGACGAGCCUUCCACCACCAGCUCCAACCACAAUCUCAACAUCGUGGAAUGUUCCUACAAGUACUGCCGCAGAUACUCCUAUUACCCUCAGCCACAAAGCCCUGUUUUGAAAGCUGCCACAGCAACUAAGUCUGGAGGUAUGAGGCAGGAUGAUCCGCAGUCUGUGUUGCUGCAGAGGCCAGCCUGGUCCCAGGUUUUGAAGAUGGUGGGAGGAGCCCGUAGCAAGGUGGGACUAACCCUGACGUUGCUGGGACUGUUGGCAGCGCAAGGAUUGCUGGCUACGUGGGACUACUGCUUCAUCGUUGGUCUCGGUACCAACAGCACGCUGUUGUGGGAUGAUUGGCUGAAGACUCCAUUGAACGAAGAGGACACGCCACUACCAGCGCUGUGGUACCUCUCCACUGGCGCCGUGCUGGCAGGCAUUGCUGUCAACUAUAACAUAUCAGUGAUGCUGAACAGAGCUGUCAACUUUAUACAUGACUCUCUAGUCAAGGCUUUCCUCCACACUCCUAUAACAUUGUUGGAUCAACAGAUUCUUAACAAGAUAUUCAGCUGUCUGUCGCAAGAUGUUCGUGUGUUAGACGAGUUUUUGGUUCCUGCCUUUCUUAAUUUAAUUCAGCAUAGCUUGUUGCUGGUCGGUUGUCUGGGGCUGGUGGUUGUCGCUUACUACUGGUUCAUCAUCCCUACACUGGUCUUGGCAGUGUUCACCGUCUAUCUCUUCACAUUGUGCCUUCCAACAACCAAGGCGUUGGAGACCAUAGAGACUAAACUGUGGCGGCCAGUUGAAGCUUACUUCCAGAUGAGUGAGGACGAAAUUGUAACAAUUCGUUCACUGAAAGCUGCAGAGUUCUACAGACGUCAGUUUGCCGAUCAUCAGGACAGACACUCUUCAGCUCUGUUUCUUCUACAGUCCGUCACAGAAGCUCUUAGUUUGUGGCUAAGUCUAGCUUGUGUCGCCUUCACUUCUUGUAUCACCCUUGUGUUCUACUUCAUUGAAGUGGAGAGGUCAGUGGUAGCGCUGGGCACCUACUCUUGUCUGGUGGUCACCAACCUCGUACCAUUCCUUGUGUCUGACUCAACUCUGACCUCUCGUCUGGUGGAAACUAUCAGACACAUGGUCCAGGCCUGCCAACUGCCCAGGGAAACAGCUGACGUGUCUGCUACUCAGGCCUACCAACCUAACACUGAUGUUGUCAACGGCACUGUUAACCCCGCAUUUGCUGGAGACUCAGACUUCCCUGUGGUGUCUCAAAGGUGGCCUUACUCUGGGGAGAUCCAAGCCACAAACCUGACCCUGACCAAUAAGCUGGGGACCCACGCCACUCUGGAAAACCUCAACUUCACCAUCAAACCCAGGGAAACUGUUGGUAUUGUGGGGAGUGGCAAGUCCUCACUGUUGGCAGCACUGCUGAGGCUUGAGGAGCCUACUGGAGGAGGAUGUGUUCUCAUUGACAAACUAGACACAAGAGACGUGUCAAUCAAACUCCUUCGGUCGAGAAUAUCUGUUAUUCCUCGACAUCCAAUCUUCUUCGCGGGAAUAUUGAGGACAAACCUCGACCCUCACGAUCAGCUGACAGACUCCCAGCUGUGGGAAGCCAUUGAUAAAGUAGGGCUCCUUGAUGCAGUGACUGAGCUGCCGUUUGGUCUUCUGACAGAAUCUCGUCACUGGGACAAGACGUUCACAGUGGCUCAGCGACAGUUGUUGCACCUGGCACUCGCUGUCAUUGCUGCCAACCGUAUACUCGUUAUUGACUUGGCCUCUCGCAACACAUCACCUCAGAGUGACCAUGCCUUAGUAACUCUAGUCAGGCAACUGUUGCCAUCUUCUACAGUCAUCAUCAUGACUGAGAGACUAAGACUAGUCAUGGCAACAGACCGCGUGUUGGUGUUGGACAAUGGGAAGAUGGCGGAGUAUGGUCACCCGUAUUUACUACUGCAGAACAAAUACAGCCAUUUGAACAAGAUGAUACAAGAAGCAGGUCCGUCCGAGCUUCACGCAGAACUUGUCAGAAUUGCCAGACAAGCCUACAUGGCAGACAACAAAACAAAUGUGAUUAUAAGGGAAGAGAGUGUGGAUUCAACAGAUUCGACUAAUUAUAUUUAAAACUAGAUUUUAAAAAGUCAUUUUCGUAACUAGUGACCGGCUUGUGCGUAAACAUUUCUCUUGUGUGCAGCAAAGGCGGUUUGCACUCGUGUUACACAUUAUAUUUUUCCUACAGUUACUAUAAAUAAUUAGUCUUUCAAACACUGUACAACUCUUUUUAUGUUAGGCUAAAUCAAAACAUUGAACAAAAUGGGAAACCCUGUACCAGCUGAUCGUCGUAAUAUUGUAAUAAGUGUUGCCAACUUAUUUUCAAGCGUAUACGGAUUAUGUGCUUAAUAAAACGCACACUGUUUUGUGUUGUUUGGUUGGAAUACUGGUGAGAACCAAAGUAAAAACUGUUCGCCAAAUUAAGUCUUUCUGUACUAUAAUCUGUGCAAGGAAGCCCACUUUGUCGGGUGACUGUAGGGAAAAAAUAAUUUAAUGAGGGUGGACAAAGAAACAAAGAUACAGUAUUACUAAAAUAUAUAGAAUGUUUUUUUUUCAAACCCAACUUUUUGCCAUAUUUGAAUUAGGAACAAAUGUUCAUUCUCCAUUACAUUUGUUAUAAAUAAAGUUUGUUAGAAUAUGAAUUACACUUAACAUCAAGACUGUAAGCAUACUCCCAUGUAAUUGAAAAUAGCAAAUUUUUUUAUUUUUAAGAUGGUAAAGCAACGGUUUACAAUAUAAUGAACUAGUUAAAAUUGUUCUAAAAGGAUUCUGCCAAGUUUAACUCAAAUGAUCUAUUUAGUUAACAUCUUGUUUUGUGUUUGAACUGUAGCUGUAUACAAUUUGUGAUGGCUUUCAUAAUUAAAAACAUAUAAACAAUUUUUAUAAUAUAUUUAAAGCUGAAGUUCAAUAAAUGUACCUGUUUGUUAAUUUGU